GUUUGACAGUUGUGAGGUUCAGCAGCGUGGAGUAGUUCAACCUGCAGCUCAAACAGUGUACGUUUGAACUAUAGUCUCGAGAAACCAGUCGUACCAGGGAAAGUCACCAGGCUUUAUUCAAGACUUUUAGUUUAUAGCUUUUCGUGGCGAGUUAGAGAUUUACUUCCUACCUGUGAAGGAGCUGUCCUGUUUUAUUCGUCUAGCCAGUGCGGCUUCCUCCGGUACUGUGAGCAAGCUGGAUUCCCGCAGCUCCUCACCAUGUCUGGCGGGUUAUAGAUAUUCCAUGGAGCAACCAAACCUCUAUGAGGUCGCCCCACGAUCCAUAAUGACCAGCCAAGUCCAGAGUCAGAGUCAGCAAAGCGCCUACUGCUACAAAGACCCCUCCGCUGCUGGACCCGUCGCCGGAGCAGGAGGAGACCUCGGCGAGAUGUGUGAGAACGAAAACUCCAUUGACAUCAGCGCCUACAUCGACCCAGCAGCCUUCAACGACGAGUUCCUGGCUGAUCUAUUCCACAACAGCUCGAAGCAAGAGAAACUCAAGCUGGCGAACAGUGAGUACGAAUCCUACCCCCACGGGGUGAGCUCUGGCCCGGGGGCGCACCACCAACAGCACCAGCAGCAGCAGCACCAGCACCAGCAGCAGCAGGGCUAUGGUUGUAUGCCCGGGUAUAUGGACACAUCUAAACUUGAACCCAUUUACGACACCCAGUCGACGAGAAUCAGACCUGUGGCGAUAAAGCAAGAGCCCAGAGAAGAAGACGAAAUUAGCCAUUCUAUGCCCCCCACCUACCACCAUUCCCACCAGCAUCUCCCACAGCACCUAUCCCAUCUCCAGUACCAGAUUGCGCACUGCGCUCAGACAACCAUGCAUCUCCAACCGGGACACCCGACGCCUCCACCGACUCCCGUUCCGAGCCCACACCACAGGGAUGGCAGCAUGUCCUCCGUUGGAUCCAUGAAGAUGAUGGGACGCGACGAACGAGACCGGGACCGAGACCGGGGUAAAUCCAAAAAGCGCGUCGACAAGGCCAGCACGGAGUACCGUUUGAGGCGUGAGAGGAACAACGUCGCGGUGAGGAAGAGUAGAGACAAGGCGAAAAUGCGCAAUGUAGAGACGCAGCAUAAAGUGGUAGAACUGGCGUCGGACAACGAAAGACUACGGAAGAGAGUGGAACAUCUUACCCGAGAACUGGACACAUUAAGGGGCAUCUUCAGACAACUUCCCGAUGGAUCUUUCAAACCCAUGGCCAACUGCCAGUGAACACGGACUAGAGUGGCUUUUUUUACAUGAUGACUUUUAAACACUUACUUGUACACGUCUCCUGGGUAUAGCCUGCCGCGCUAUAGAUUCAUCUGACAGAUUGUGACUGCAACAGUUUGUUUCUUUAAGGAGAGACAGGGCAGCUGAGGUACACAUGCCUUCUGUACUUAAACAAUAAGCUCAUUUCUCCACGUUUGAACAGUGGACCUGUGUGUGUGUGUGUGUGUGUGUGUGUGUGUGUGUGUGUGUGUGUGUGUGUGUGUGUGUGUGUGCGUGUGCGUGUGCGUGUGUGUGUGUGUGUGUGUGUGUGUGUGUGUGUGUGUGUGUGUGCCUUUUAUUAUAUAACAUUGUGUGUUAAGCCACGCAACAACCACAUAUCAGUGCAGCUGAAGGCGCAAAGGAACAAUAAUCACUAGCCUGCUCGAUGUUCAUGUUUUAACGUUAAACAUCUCAAUACUGUGUUCUUGCCUUACUAAACUAAACAUUUGUGCAUUUGACUUAUAGAGCUUACAGUAUAUUAUUAAACUGUAAAGUGCACACAGCUUUCCAAAUAAGUAAUUUUUUUUUUUUUGCAAAGCAAAAAAAUAUAUAUAAAAAAUCUGAGCGGUGAUCAGAAUGUUUCCCAUUUCUUGGUGUUCAGACAGGAAGCCCAUAUAAGGUACAGAGAUAGCAUUAUAUAUCCUGUCUGCUGUGUUCAGCAUUCACACAUCGGGGAGAUCUAUGGACUGAAUUAAAUGCCACAGCAAACGACUGCAAAUGUGUUCUACUGUGGUGCCUGCUUCUUCACGAGCCGUUUUGUUGCGUGCGCUAUAUAUGUCUUCAAAAUACAACCGAAUGAGGCACAUUGUAUUUCUUCCAUACGUUUGGGUACUAAUCUGAACACGCCUCUCAGUGUAAAUAAAACUCUUUAUAAACUCAAAGUAUAGCUUUGUAUUUAUGUAUUAUUGAUUAAAAAAAUAAAAUGUGAAAAGGGUUCCUCUUCACUCUUAGAAAAAAGGGUUUCCAAAAGGGUUCUUCGGCUGUCUCCAUAGGAGAACCGUUUUUGGUUCCAGGUAAAACCCUUUUCUGUUCCAUGUACUGUAGAACCCUCUGUGGAAAGAGUUCUACAUGGAACCCAAAACGGUUCUACUUGGAACCAAAAGGGUUCUACCUGGAAUCAACAAGGGUUCUUCAAAAAGGUUCUAGAUUGCACCUUUUUUUUCUUUCAAAGAAAGUAUAGCUAUGCAAUGUUUGUUGCCCUCGUCUUCUGUCUGAUGGUUUCACACGAAGAAGAUCAACCCUUUGACCUGUUUUCUCACUGGUUGAGCUGUGAAAUACUGUUUGAAGCUUGCUUCUCCACAGUGGCAACUCGCCUGUCACUGUUCUUUCCCCCGAGCAGCCUUCCUGCAAGCCUGAUGUCAUCCUUCAGUGCCUUUUGACUUCUCUCUCUCUCUGUGAAGUAAGACUUUGGACUUUUACCACUGGCUGAGACUUCUUGGAUUCUAUACAUGUUCUAGAAUGUUCUAGACUCUUAUUGGAUUCUAUACAUGUUCUAGACUCUUAUUGGAUUCUAUACAUGUUCUAGACUCUUAUUGGAUUAUAUACAUGUUCUAGAAUGUUCUAGACUCUUUUUGGAUUCUAUACAUGUUCUAGAAUGUUCUAGACUCUUAUUGGAUUCUAUUCAUCAAAUGCCACGAUAUAGAGACUUUACAUUAAGGAAAAGGAAGCACUUUUUUGUAGUUUAUUUUUUACAAACUGCUAUUGCCAAUGUUAUAGAAAAAAUGUUUAAAUUGUAAAAUGAACCUAUAUGAUAAAUGCCAAAAAAAAGUAUGAAUUUUAAUAAAAGAGCAUCGUCUCAUAUGAACA